GACUCCAAGCUGCUUCCCACACACGAGACACGCCCAGUUCUUUACUUUUUCCUCCCCUCUCCCCGCACAGCGCCGCAGAGGCUCCCGCGCCAUGCAGCAGUCGCGCACAAAGGCCAUCCAGGCUCUGCGGAGCUCGCGAUGCUUCUCCACAUCCACUGCCCGCGCCGCCGCGUCGCCCUACCGAUCCGCCCAGGUGGCGGCCGCCAGCCCCAAGAUCACAGAGGCAAAGAGGACGCAGAGCACCGCUGCCGCCGCAAAGGCGGAGCCCAGAGCGAGGCCAGCGCCCGCGUUCAACCGAGAGGACUACAAUGUGCAGCCGCUGCGGAGACAGCAGCCCGAGAUGGACCACUCGCUGGUCGGACUCAAGGGCGGCGAGAUCUUCCACGAGAUGAUGCUGAGGCACGGCGUGAAGCACAUCUUUGGCUACCCCGGCGGCGCCAUCCUCCCCGUUUUCGAUGCCAUCUACAACUCCCCACACUUCGAGUUCAUCCUUCCCCGACACGAGCAGGGCGCCGGCCAUAUGGCUGAGGGCUAUGCCCGCGCCUCUGGCAAGCCUGGCGUCGUGCUCGUCACCUCAGGCCCCGGCGCCACCAAUGUCGUCACCGCCAUGCAGGACGCCCUCAUGGACGGCACGCCCAUGGUCGUCUUCUCUGGACAGGUCGUCACCUCCGCCAUUGGCUCCGAUGCCUUCCAGGAGGCUGAUACCGUCGGAAUCACCCGCCCGUGCACCAAGUGGAACGUCCUCGUCAAGAACAUCGCCGAGCUUCCGCGUAGAAUCAACGAGGCCUUCGAGAUCGCCACCAGCGGGCGACCGGGCCCCGUGCUUGUCGACCUGCCAAAGGAUGUUACCGGCGGCACCCUCACCAAGCCCAUUCCCAUGACGUCUAGUCUCCCCCCGCACCCCAGCGCAGCGACCCUGGCCGCUCGUGAGGUGAGCAGGAAGACGCUGCAGGCCUCGAUAAAGCGCGCUGCAGACCUCAUCAACAUUGCGAAGAAGCCCGUCAUCUACGCAGGUCAGGGCAUGGUCUCCGUUCCCGACGGCCCCAAGAUCCUGCGCGAGCUUUCCGAAAAAGCACAGAUCCCUGUGACGACCACCCUCCAGGGUCUUGGCGCAUUCGACGAGCACGACGAGAAGUCGCUGCACAUGUUGGGUAUGCACGGCUCUGCGUACGCGAACAUGGCAAUGCAAGAGGCGGAUCUGAUCAUUGCUCUUGGUGCGAGAUUCGAUGAUCGUGUGACGCUGUCUCUGUCCAAGUUCGCCCCCGAAGCGAAGGCAGCUGCUGCAGAGGGACGGGGUGGAAUCAUCCACUUCGAGAUCAUGCCAAAGAACAUCAACAAGGUCGUCCAGGCCACCGAGGCCGUCGAGGGUGACGUCGUCCAGAACCUGCACCAGCUGGUCCCGUUCGUAAACCAGGUCAAGGAGCGCCCGGAGUGGUUCGCGCAGAUCAAGGACUGGAAGGCCCGCUUCCCGUGGGCGUACGAGAAGGAGGGACCGAACGGAUUCAUCAAGCCGCAGACUGUCAUCGAGAAGCUGAGCAAGCUUACAGAGCCGAUGAAGUCCGAGACUGUCAUCACGACGGGUGUGGGCCAGCACCAGAUGUGGGCAGCGCAGCACUUCCGCUGGACGCACCCGCGCACCAUGAUCACCUCCGGAGGUCUUGGCACCAUGGGUUACGGCCUGCCCGCCGCCAUCGGCGCCAAGGUCGCACGACCUGACGCCCUUGUCAUCGACAUCGACGGUGACUCCUCCUUCUCUAUGACGCUGACCGAGCUCUCCACCGCGGCCGAGUUCAACAUCGGCGUCAAGGUCAUCAUCCUGAACAACGAGGAGCAGGGCAUGGUCACGCAAUGGCAGACGCUCUUCUAUGAGGACCGCUUCUCGCACACGCACCAGCGCAACGCCGACUUCGUGAAGCUGGCCGAGGCCAUGUACGUCCAGGCGGACCGUGUCUCGAAGCUCGAGGAGCUCGAGGAUAAGCUCAAAUGGCUCAUCAACACGGACGGCCCCGCCCUGCUCGAGGUCGUUGUCGACCAGAAGGUGCCCGUACUGCCGAUGGUUCCUGCAGGCAAUGGCCUGCACGAGUUCCUGGUGUAUGACGAGAAGGUCGUAUCCGAGCGAAGAGCGAACACUAGGCAACGGAGCGGGCGCUAAGCGUAGCGCUUCUGCUUCGUGGCAUUCCGCGUAAUACCUUCAUUUCGCAUGUACAUUAUUGACGACUCGGGCGUUCGUGCACUGCAUGAUCUUUGAUUAUUCACCCGUCUGAUGAGACGGAAAAGUUAGGUGUGGAUGCUUGCUGGGGAUACCUUUGCAUCUGAGGAGUAAGAUAUCAAUAUGACACGCAAAUUUUUCGAUCAG